AUGUCGCUUUUGCGCGAAGUCAAACCUCGAAAUGCUCGCACCGCAAAGAUUGUCAAAGCUCGUGAACCACAAACAGUAGAAGGUCGAAAGAGAAUACUGUUACUUCACGGCACAAGAUGUCCAGAUCCGAUAAGGAACGUCUUGAAAACAAUCAUGACUCUCACGAAGCCACAUUCAGUCCAAUUAACGAAGAAGAAUGAAAAUAUCCAUCCUUUUCAAGAUCCAGCGUCCCUCGAAUUCUUGUCGCAGAAAAAUGACUGCGCAGUUGCUGUGUUCGCCACACAUUCCAAGAAGCGUCCGAAUAACAUAACGAUCCUACGGUUAUUCGAUGGCAGGACACUCGAUAUGACAGAAUUGUUGCUGGUCACGACAGCGGAAGAGUUACAAGCAGAAGAUGGCAAGAUGCAGAUAGGUGUCGAAAUGAAGCCAAUGAUUGUGUUUGCUGGGUCGCCGUGGGACGACAACUCGGCUUCGGAACAGGCAAGUCUAUUCAGACAGCUCAAGAGCACGUUCCUGGACGUUUUCCAAGGAGAAGAGAUUGCUAGCAUCGAUGUGGCAGGUCUACAAGUACGAACGCUCAGGUCAAAUACAGCGAAAGUUCCUAGAGUCGAGCUCGAUCAAAUAGGGCCAAGCUUUGAUUUUCGAGUUGGGCGGUUCAAGACCGCUGAUCCCAAUAUCAUGAAAGAGGCUAUGAAACAUGGAAGGCGGCCUAAUGAAGCCAGAAACAAGAAGAAUAUCGAGACGGACAUAGUGGGCGACAAGCUCGGAAGAAUCCACUUGGGCAGACAGGAUCUCAACGAGCUGCAAACGAGGAAGAUGAAGGGUUUGAAACGUGCAAGAGAUGAGGACGACGAUGUCGAGGUCAACGGCAACGGUGUACACCAAGAAGAAGAGGACAUUGUCAGCCAAAGUGACGAGGAAGAUGGUGGUAUAGACCUCGACGACGAGCUUGUCGACGAUGGCAGCAGUGUGGGUGGUACAGGUGAUGAGAUCGACAUUGGCGACGACAGCGCCGAGGAAGCUGACACCAUGCCGAAACGACAAAGGAUAGCAUGA